AUGCCUGUUGGUGCCUCGUCAGCUGUGCCAGUGAUUGUACCUGAGGCAAUUUUAGUUGCAUCUCCAUCCUUUGCAGCUAAUCUGAAUCGCAAUCGUGACGAAGGAAUAGGUGACACUGGACCCUUGGGUGAGGUUGCGAUUGUGACGCUCGGUACUCCUUUUAUGGUCCCGGUUUUCGGAGAGGGUGGAAUACCGGAUAGCGUUGAGGAUGCACUGCAGGAUGAUGAUGAUGAUGACGUAGCGCCCGCCACGAUAGCUGAUUAUAGUGAUAAUGAUAUAGCAAGGACUACCCCAGUUGUGGGUGGAGGAGCAUCUAGCUCAGGAACUCAUCAUGUCGCGGGGUACCAUCAGCAGUUUCAGGAUAAAGAGGAGAUUGUGUUAAGCGUGAAGUCUUAUAGCAUCCGCCGUGGGGUUGAGUACAAAGUGUUGGAAUCCGAUCAUCGCAAGUAUUAUUGCAAAGGCAAGGAGUUCGGGAACGGGUGCAUAUGGCUCAUUCGGGUCAGCCUCCGCCAGCGCAGAGGUAUUUGGGAGGUAAAAUGGUACAAUGAUCCUCAUCCUUGCCUGGCCACAUUGAUAUCUAAUGAUCACAAGAUGCUUGAUUAUCAUGUCGUAUCGACCUUCAUACUCCCCAUGAUCAAAGCUGAUGUUGCCGUCUCUAUCAAGGUACUACAGAAUGCAACAGAGGCAUAUUUCGGGUUUAGACCGACUUACAGGAGGGUUUGGAUGGAUAAACAGAAAGCCGUGGCACAGAGCUACGGAGGUUGGGAAGAGUCAUAA